CGACGACAAUGGUUUUUCCCUUCCCUCAAAAUCCUCUACUGCUGUUUUGAGCAGAGACGAAGGACCGAGGGCUGGAACCGAAUAAUCGAAAGGGCGGGAAGAAUAGGAGUUUUCUCUGCAAUUCCCCACCAAAAAAUCCCUAGAGAGUCAUGGCAGACAGCAAAGCAGUUACUAUCCGAACAAGGAAAUUCAUGACCAACAGGCUUCUCUCGAGGAAGCAGUUUAUAAUUGAUGUGCUGCAUCCAGGGAGAGCAAACGUUUCAAAGGCUGAGCUAAAGGAGAAAUUGGCAAGGAUGUACGAGGUCAAAGAUCCAAAUGGUAUCUUUGUUUUCAAGUUCAGGACCCAUUUUGGAGGGGGGAAGUCUACUGGAUUUGGGCUGAUUUAUGAUUCUGUUGAAAGUGCAAAGAAGUAUGAGCCAAAGUAUAGGCUCAUCAGGAAUGGGCUAGCUACCAAGGUGGAGAAAUCAAGGAAGCAGAUGAAGGAAAGGAAGAACAGAGCCAAGAAAAUCCGUGGAGUGAAGAAGACUAAGGCUGGAGAUGCUGCCAAGGCAGGAAAGAAGAAAUGAGACCAAGGAAUUUUGUGCAAUAAGAGCCUCAGCUUGCUGCUAUCAUUUUUCCUCCUUUUUUCCUUCUCUAUUUUUGUUCUUUUUUAUUUAAUGAAUAUUUAGCUGAGUUCUGAAUUCCUGAAAUUUGUAUUAGAGGCAGCUCUUGACACAAUGAACAUGCGAAGUCUAAAUUGUGAUUAGUUAGGGUUUUGCUGGCAAUGUGAUUUUGGAUCCCUAUCCGACGCUUUUGAACUUGGAAUUAGUGUUUAGAUUCUUUAGAAAUGUGAUCAAGCUGCCAAUAUAAUGGCUCAAAAGUCCAAAGUGCUUAAUUCUAAAGUGUUUGGAUUGAGGACCCACCAGAUUGGUUGUCGGAUUUGAUGCUUUCCGAUGUUGCUUAAUCCCAGAUUCCCAAGUGUU